AUGUCUCCACCGUCUAUGGGCUCCACCCACCAGGUGUUCAAGGCAAUGCGUCUGCAGAUAUUUCUGUAUGACACGUUCCGUCGGCAUGCCAGAAUGUUUAUGGAACCAGCUAUAGUCCACACCUGGAGGGAGUCCCAGGAGGUGAUGCUGCAACAGCUCAGCCAAGAUAAAGUCAUACUCGGUGGCGACAUGAGGGCUGACUCUCCAGGAACUCCAGCGUUCUACAACUUGGAAAAGGAGCUGACCAAAAAGACUGUCUUGAAGGAUAUUGCCAAGCUCAGUCCCCACUACCAGACGUCCUCUUUGGAGGCGUUCCAUAGUGUCAUCCUGCGGUUCGCUCCUAAAAACGUGGUCUAUCCAUAUCUGGGAAUGCUGUGCAGACUGUACCUGGCUGCACUGCAUUAUAAUGAGAAUGCUGAUGGAGGACAAGCCACCACAUCAUCAGGGGAUCCUCGUUUCAAACUGAGCUUUCCAAAGUCCAGGAAGGGAGAGUGCAGAGCCAGACCAGUGAAGACGGAGGCAACAUUCCGGUUUGUUGAUGAUUUGAUCGACAUGAUCAUGGAGAAAGUCUUUGUCGACCCAUCGUCGUAUAGAGACGAGAUUCUGAAGAUAAACAUCCCGCCGGACCCGUCUUCACAAUAUGAGCAUCCAGACAAGGAGGAGGUCAUCGCCAGCUACGUCUCAAGAUUCAAUUAUGGGGGGGGGGAGUUUGAAGCCUCCAUAUCUUCCCCGGGCGUCAGAAAACUCCGAAGAACCACACACGAGGGAAUCACUACCCGUAUCUUCCGACCAAGGAAGCCCCAGCACCAGCUCACAAAGCUUCUAUAGGCUACAAACCUGUAACGACUGAGAAAAAUUAACAUUGGUAGUCAGCAGGU